UGGUGGGUGGCGGAGUUCAGCUCCCUGGAGGGGAAGGAGGGACGUCCCAAAGAAGGGUCUUUGAGGAAGGGGUGGGGGGCGACAUCAGGAGAAGGCUCCCAGGGGCUGUCUCAGGGGAGAGGUGGUUUUCGGGGGACAGCUGGGGUCUCCAGUAGAUAGACCACUGUGCAGGCUGAGGGAGGUACUUCUUGGCACAAGGCCUUGGGUAGGCAGGGGCGAAGUCCUCGCAGAAGUGGGGGGGAGGCCAGAGGAAGUGGCUGGGCCUGAACUGGCACCGUGCCUGACACAAGGGCUUGUGCAUCCCAGUCCUCAGCUUUGCCUUCUGAGCCACUCCUCAGGGGGCAGGGACCCUUCUCUUCUUCCAACUCUUCCGUUCUCUGAACCCUGCUUACCUGUGUCCCAGGGGAAAGAAGAAGGACCAGUGUCUGAGCCCAGGAGUGGAACCCAAACACUGGUGUAGAGUUCAUCUUAGUUUCUGGGAAUUGGAUUUAUUUCCCUUGUGUCUACAUAGGGGUGGCACUGCACUCCUCUUGUUACAUCCUUGCAUCUUUGGAUUGCUGGUGGAGGGUCCACCUGCCUUCCUGACUGGCUGCUGACAGUCAGAGAAUUCCUGAAGUUCUCCACAGUUCUCUGGUGGCUGCACCCUGACUGGCCCCUGUAACCCAGACAAUUUGUUUACAGAAAGUUCAGGAGCCCUGGAAAGGAGAAAGAAUAAGACGACAGGAGGAAGAGAGAGAGAGGGUAGAAUGGAAGAAUCUCACUUCAAUUCUAACCCAUACUUCUGGCCUUCUAUCCCCACAGUCUCAGGACAGAUUGAGAACACGAUGUUCAUCAACAAGAUGAAGGAUCAGCUGUUGCCAGAGAAAGGCUGUGGGCUGGCUCCACCCCACUACCCCACCUUGCUAACAGUGCCUGCCUCGGUGUCCCUGCCCUCAGGCAUCAGUAUGGACACAGAGUCCAAGUCAGACCAGCUGACCCCACAUAGCCAGGCGUCUGUUACCCAGAAUAUCACGGUGGUCCCUGUGCCGUCUACAGGACUGAUGACUGCUGGAGUCUCCUGUUCUCAGAGGUGGAGAAGAGAAGGGAGUCAAUCAAGGGGUCCCGGUUUGGUAAUCACGUCCCCCUCAGGCUCCCUUGUGACCACAGCCUCAUCAGCUCAGACCUUUCCCAUUUCGGCUCCCAUGAUUGUCUCAGCUCUUCCCCCUGGCUCACAAGCCCUGCAGGUGGUCCCUGACCUCUCCAAGAAGGUAGCAUCCACCCUAACAGAGGAAGGAGGUGGAGGUGGUGGUGGAGGUGGCAGUGUGGCUCCUAAGCCCCCCCGGGGCCGAAAGAAGAAACGGAUGCUAGAAUCAGGGCUGCCUGAGAUGAAUGACCCUUAUGUCCUCUCCCCUGAGGAUGAUGAUGACCAUCAGAAAGACGGCAAGACCUACAGGUGCCGGAUGUGCUCACUGACAUUCUACUCAAAGUCGGAGAUGCAGAUCCACUCCAAGUCACACACCGAGACCAAGCCCCACAAGUGCCCACAUUGUUCCAAGACCUUCGCCAACAGCUCCUACCUGGCCCAGCACAUCCGUAUCCACUCAGGGGCUAAGCCCUACAGUUGUAACUUCUGUGAGAAAUCCUUCCGCCAGCUCUCUCACCUCCAGCAGCACACCCGGAUCCACUCCAAGAUGCACACGGAGACCAUCAAGCCCCACAAGUGCCCGCACUGCUCCAAGACCUUCGCCAACACCUCCUACCUGGCCCAGCACCUCCGAAUCCACUCGGGGGCCAAGCCCUACAACUGUUCCUACUGCCAGAAGGCCUUCCGCCAGCUCUCCCACCUCCAGCAGCACACACGAAUCCACACUGGUGAUAGACCAUACAAAUGUGCACACCCGGGCUGUGAGAAAGCCUUCACACAGCUCUCCAAUCUGCAGUCCCACCGACGGCAGCACAACAAAGAUAAACCCUUCAAGUGCCACAAUUGUCAUCGGGCGUACACAGACGCAACCUCACUAGAGGUACACCUAUCUACGCAUACGGUGAAGCAUGCCAAGGUGUACACCUGCACUAUCUGUAGUCGGGCAUAUACGUCGGAAACGUACCUUAUGAAACAUAUGCGCAAACACAACCCUCCUGAUCUCCAGCAACAAGUGCAGGCAGCAGCAGCGGCGGCAGCAGUGGCCCAGGCCCAGGCUCAAGCUCAAGCCCAAGCCCAAGCCCAAGCCCAGGCUCAAGCCCAAGCCCAGGCCCAGGCCUCCCAGGCAUCGCAGCAGCAGCAGCAGCAGCAGCAGCCACAGCCACCACACUUCCAGUCCCCUGGGGCAGCCCCCCAGGGUGGGGGUGGUGGGGACAGCAACCCCAACCCUCCACCCCAGUGUUCCUUUGACCUGACCCCGUAUAAGACGGCGGAGCAUCAUAAGGACAUCUGCCUCACUGUCACCACCAGCACCAUCCAGGUGGAGCACCUGGCCAGCUCAUAGAGACCUGUGCUGCCACCCACUGGGAAGAGGGGGAAGAAGUUCUGGUCCCUUCUUUCUCCAACUCCUCUUGGUGGGAAAAGUCCUCUUCUUCCUUGACAGGCCUUGGCUCCAUUUCCUUGGGCCUCAGGCAUGGCCUUCCUUCACAGGAUACCAUCUUUAUUCUCAACUCCUCUUCAAAAGGAACAUCAGCCUCCUGAUUGGCAAAGGAAUACUGAGCUGGUAGUGUGAUCCAGCAGCCUCCCCUCCCAAGCAUAGCUUUCAAAAUUGGGGGUUGGUGCUCAAGGGAGGGAUUUGCUAUGACCUCAUAGAAACUUUUCCAGUGUGGGCACUUACUCUCUCCUUACCCUCAUAAUCCUCAAGGUUUGGGCUGAUAGAAGACUAGAGGCUGGCCCUCCCAAAUAUCAGAGAGAAGGGAGCCCUAAAUGCAACCAGCCUCCUGUUCUAUUCUUGCCUGCGAAAGAACAGGUUUCUUGUGUGCCCCGAUCCCUAGGAGCCGUUUUCUUCCCCUCAUGGUCUCAUUUCACUUCCUACCUAAUGCUGGAAGAAGGAGAUCUGGGUGGGGGUCAGACCCCCUUUAUUUGUAAAGGGGCAAGGGCUGAGAUGUGGUCCCCAAGGGGCCAGAGAUCCCCAAAAUGGUCAAGGGUGGCUUAGAAGUGUGGGUUAUGGUUUUCCUUGGAGCCUCUCCCCUUCUCUGCCAACCAAGGCCCUGUACUCUCAGUCUCCCAUCCCCAAACCUAAGGAGCUGUGGGAGCUUUGUGUUCGUUAUGAAACCCAAAAACCAGGGGUGUUGCAGAGAAGGGAGAGUUCAGGGCAAACACAAGGACUGGACUUAGCUCCCUAGGUGCCACGGUCAGUUGCCGGGCACAAAUUUAUAUAUAUAUAUAAAUAUAUAUAAAUAUAUAUAUAUAUACCCACUCAUCAUGGCCAUCUUUGUUGUAACCAUUUCUGUGUUUAUAAAUGCAUUAUCUCUGAGAAUUUUCAUAUUUGACGUUUUGUUUAUUUUUGUCCUUUUUGUUUUUCUCCACCCUGUCUCCUGGCCAAUGGCAUUUUUAUUUUCUUUUGUCUUUUUUUUUUAAUCAUGACAGAUUUCAGAGAAAAGAGAAAAUGGAAAAAAAAUCAGGAAACCAGUUGUUAUAAAGCAAUUUAAAAUGAAGAAAAAAAGAAAAAACUUAUGUACAAACCAAGGGGUGUUUUUAGAGCCUUGUAUAGAAAUAAAUUCGUGUAAAAGGA